UGUAGAAAGCCACGUCGGUAAAGUUAAAACGCGUUCUGCUGAAGACGAGAGCAGUACGUUUUCGGUGCGCGCAGUUAACCUUUAACAAUAUUCCAUUGUAUCUGUCUCGAGCAAGUUCGUGUUUCCAGUAGUUGUACCAAAUUUUCCUCCUCCUCCGGAAAUUAUCUCACUCGGCUUAGUUAAUGUUUCGUUGCACCGGAGAUUUGGACUUUUGUUUGAGAUUUAAAUCGCGUUCUCAGGAUGAAAAUACACUUCCGCGAACAGUACUGCUCGAAUGGAGAGGAAAUUCUCUACGUCACUCCGGAUCACCAGGAUACCGUUGUACGCGUGACGGUUAAAGGAGAGCGUCCGUCGAUACGGAAGCGUUUUAGUAUCAGAAAGUUCUUCCAGCAUCUCUUCCUCCCGGUCGGCUAUCCGGACAGUGUCAGCAGUGACUAUCUGUCUUACCAGAAGUGGGACACCUUGCAAGCGUUUUGCAGCACUAUCAGCGGCACCCUCACAACCCAUGCCAUUCUCAAAGGAGUCGGAGUUGGCAGCGAAACAGCCACUCCGCUGUCGGCCACCGUUACGUGGGUGCUCAAGGAUGGAUCGGGUCAUCUCGGUAGAAUCCUGUUCGCCUGGUGGAAAGGCUCGGAACUGGAUAUCGAUUCGAAAAAGUGGCGUAUCCGGGCAGAUAUUUUAAACGAUGUUGCCAUGGCGAUCGAUCUGUUCGUGCUGCCGUAUUACCCGAAGGUGGCGACGUACAUCCUGUGUGCGACGACCACGAUGAAGGCGAUUGUCGGAGUGGCAGGGGGUGCGACGCGAGCGGCCCUGACGCAGCACCACGCUAUCCGGGGAAAUUUGGCCGACGUUUCAUCGAAGGAUAGCGCCCAGGAAACAUGUGUCAAUUUGAUAGCCUCCUUUGUGGGGUUGUUCCUACUAACGUACCUUCAAAAUCAGAAGAUCCUGUAUGGUUUAUUUUUCUUCGUCACCCUCGUGCACAUUUACGCAAACAUCAAAGCCGUCAAAGCGGUCUGCCUGCGGACGUUCAACGAAGCGCGGUACCUGAUCGCGCUGGAAGAGUAUUUCAAGAGCGGCAUGAUGCUUUCCCCCGAACAGGUGAACAAACUGGAACGGGUCACCGUCGGUCAAACGGUGACACUGACGGCACGGGUAAAGAUUGGCUGCUCGGUGCGCGAACUAACGGAGUUUUAUCGCAACUGCUACGAUUUGGAAAACUUGAUCGCUUGCUUCGAUUCGCGGGAAAAGUUUCUCAUCGCCGAAACGCGCCACUACGUCGGCGUGUAUCUACACUUUACCGUCAAACCACUGGACAUUAUAAAAUCGUACUUUUACGUUGCUUCCUACCUGCAAGAUAAAAACCAACUGCGUGAUCGCUACUGGGAGAUACAGAACAAAUGGAACGAGUUCCUUAACCUGGCCCAGUGCGAGGGUUGGAACGUGCAGGCGCAUUUGCUCAAAACGGACGAGUACCGGCUAGACUGGAGGAUAUAGACCACCGAGCGCCAUCGAAGAUACCAUUCGGGCUACCCACUUCCGGUGCAAGGAAGGGCCGGUAGGUUCCGACCGAUGUAGUGUUGUGUCUUCUAUUGGCGUUUUAUUUUAUUGUUCCCUUCAUGGGCUGGCAUUUCAUACACUUGAACACUUUAAUAUUUACCACCAUCUCGGUGAGUGUCAAAGUGAGCAACAUUCCACGGAAGGGAGCAAGUUAAAUAUACAUCCUAACACUAAGAUAACGGCAGGCAGCAACGAUGACGUUAAAUUACAACGACAAUGCGCGCUCUAGUCAGAGCUAUAGGAAAAUGUCCCAUCGACACACGUGCACCAUGUAAGGACCAAACUCAGAGAGUACACCAGCGAUUGCGACUAGCCACACCGAACUAGCAUCGAACCUAAUGAUAUAACACUGCUCGCAGCAUACAAAGCAAUAGCACCACGUAUGUAGGUAGCAUAUAGGUAGAAUGCAAUUGGUAGUGCUGUUCUUCGUUACGAUUGAGUAGAGAAUUCGGUUCCAAGGUAGUGGACAACUAGGUACUCGAUUUUCCCAGUGAACGUGGAGCAUUCAAUAGUAGCAAACACACUACUUUCCUAUCCCCGGCUCGGUCACAAGUGAGUAACUGUUGUAGGGAAUUUUUAUCAUAUCAGCUAAAGAUAGAUGAGAACGUUUAAAUAAAAAAGGCUAAUAGCGCCUUCUGUUUUAUUUUUCUAACGGAAUAUUCCUAACGCAUAGCAAGUGAAGUAGGCGCGGGAAGAAUUUUAACGUACGUUUCGAAUGAACACGUGACGGCUCCCUACAAAAAAAAACGACCAUGUGCGACGAUUUUGAUCGUUUUUUAAAUCACCUUUACGAACGAGAACAAGAGGCGCCACAGUUCGCUUUGAGAAGGCUUUCCAAUGCUUUUUAAUAAGUUCCUAUCACGGAAAAUAUAUAUUCAUUCCCAAGAGUUAUUAGAAAAAAAAAAUCGCUUUCGAAAGAGCAAAUUGCUUCUUCAGCAACGCUUUCCGAUCCCAAAGAAUGAUAGUGAACCGGCACGGUUUUUAAACGAUAGUCUUUUUUAGCACCAGUUUUAAGCGAUAUUAUCAUUACAACCGCUCGACGAGGUAAUCAGCAGGAACGACAAACACACCUAAACCGUCUACGCAAAAUGUAUGCUUCACUGCUGUGAUAAAGUUAGCACAAGAACACUCUAUUUCAAUUUGAUAUUUACAUUUUCUUAAGGUAGCUCGGGAAAAGCCAUUGCAAGGGCAAUAGCGAAGAAAACGAUAUCGGUUUUGUCACACAUUCACGCACGCUAUAGUU